AUUUGGUCACACUGCACAAUUUGUUGCUCCACAAUUUCAAUUUCCCCCUUUAGUAAACCCAAAGAUUUGGCCUAUCAAAGUCUAAUUUAAUCAAUAAGUAUAACUCUACGUCAAUUUCAAUACGUAUUUUUGUGUAUUUUGGUGGCAGUGUUAAAUUUAAAAAAUACCCAAAAACAUUGAAUUGUAAAUUUUCUGUUUUGAUUUUAACGCUACGCAAAUGUCAUUGGCCCUGGAUCAACAGGGGGCAGAGGGGAAUUUCUAACACAAAACAUACAUAUAUUGUGCUUUGGACUACCAUGGCAUCCGUGGAUACGGAAUUCAGAAGCAACUUGCCCCCAUCCUCUGGUCUAUUGGGAGGUGUGGCGCAACGUUUAGAUGUCACCGUGGAGGCAUUACGUUUACUGCUCACAUUAUUGGCAGGUUACCCCAUUGCGUAUGUCUAUUGCAAAUAUAUUGUAAAUUCGCAAGCGAAACGUCUACAUCAUCUCUACUUUGCCAUCUGUGGAGCUAGUCUAUGCUAUUUCAACUAUGGAUUGGAUGUAUAUCACUCACUUUUGGGAAUAUUGACCACAUAUCUGCUUGGACUUUUUCUCAGGCACAAGCCAACAAUAUUCUUAACCAUCAAUUUCAUAUUCCAUAUGACCUAUUUGAUGCUUGGCUAUUAUUAUACGGCCAGUAAUGAAUAUGAUAUAUUAUGGACGAUGCCGCAUUGUAUUCUUGUAUUGCGUAUGAUUGGUUACGGCUUUGAUCUAACCGAUGGGCUUAAGCCGCAAUCAGAGCUAUCCGAGGAUCAGAAAGAGACGAAUUUGCCGCAAUUUCCAUCGCUUUUGGAGUUGCUGGCUUUUGCCUAUUUCCCAGGUGGCUUUCUCGUUGGCCCACAAUUCCCGUAUAGACGCUAUCAGAGAUUCAUUGAUGGUGAAUUCCGUAAGCAUAAGGGACAACUAGAGGCCGGUUUGAAUCGCCUUGCUGCAGGAGUUCUCUAUAUGAUCGUAUCUCAAGUGGGCUUGUAUUAUCUACCCGACUCGUAUUUCCUAUCACCGGAAUUUACUCAGUUGUCGCUUAUUAGACGAAUGUAUUACUUGGGCUUUUGGGCCAAAUUUUCCUUAUAUAAGUACAUCUCAUGCUGGCUCUUCACCGAGGGUGCCCUCAUAUGCAUUGGCUUCACCUUCAAGAAGGCCAGCGAGACUGGCCCAGAUGGGAACGCCGACUGGUCAGGUUGCAGUAAUGUCAAGCUCGUGCACUUGGAGACGGGCAAUACCAUGGAGCAUUAUGUGCAGACCUUUAAUGUGAACACCAAUCAAUGGGUCGGCCGUUAUAUCUAUAAACGCUUGAGAUUCCUCAACAAUCGCAUGAUAAGCUAUGGAGCCUCUCUAGUCUUUUUGGCCAUCUGGCAUGGCUUCCACAGUGGCUAUUAUAUGGCUUUCGUGAUGGAAUAUAUGAUUGUGAGCACCGAAAAACAGAUUACAAAUAUGUAUGAAAAGAAAAUUUUGCCCAACUACGGGAUCUACUUCAAGGACAAAGCCGUCUAUAAGGCGAUCCACUUCUUUGCUCUCAAAUCCUACAACAUCAUCUAUAUGGGAUGGUGCCUAUCAUCUUUUGUAUUCCUUAAAUACGAGCGCUGGAUUCGUGUUUAUAGUGCAGUCAACUAUUUCGGAUUCAUUUAUAUGCUCAUUUGGGCGGCCUUCUAUCAUGGUUAUUUCUAUUUCUAUGAAGGCCCAAGACAGCAACAGGCCAAGAGGGCAAGGAGACUGGAAGACGAGGCCAAGAGGAAUAAUGAUGAUAAUGAAAGUAAAAGCAAAGAAAAUGAAAAUCUAGUAGAAGAGAAUGCCAAGAACAAAUAGAAAUUGUAAAUACAAUUUUCUAUGUAUGUACAUUAUUAGAGAAGACAGAGAUAGAGAGUGAAAGCGAGAGAAAGAGAAGCAAAAUUUGUUAAAAAAAACUAUUUUCUGCCGUUUUGCCUAGUCACAAAAAGUUCUUAUUUGAAUAAUGGGGACAGACAUUUGUUAAAAAAAAAAAAGAUGAGAAAGGAAUUAAUGAAAUUAUCAUAUGAAAUAUGCUAGCCCUUCAGUUCAAUUAGUAAAUAAUAAUAUGUUUGCUUUAUAAGCGAAACAAAAAGAGAUACCCAAACUUUCUAUAUAAGAUCUUUUUAAUUCAAAGAGUAAGAAACGGCUGGAAAUCCCUCGAGACUUAACUAUUUUGACAUAUUUAUAACCAAUACAACGAUGAUGAAAUUAGACAUAUACAUACACACACAAACACACACUUACACAUAAGUAUGUUUUCAUAUGCUCAUUUAAAUGUCAACAAACAGAAAAGACAUCCAAACAAUAUCUUUGAAAAGUGCAAAUUUGUAUAAAUAAAUUGUAAAAAGAACCAAUA